AUGGUGAGACCAUUGGCGAAAAUCUGUGACAUCAACGAUAGCAACGAGAUUUGGAAAGUUUCUGUUCGAGUUCACCAUAAAUGGAAGGUUGUUUCUAACAAGAAGGAGCAUUUUGAGAUGAUUUUUGUUGACGUAUCGGGUGGUGACAUACAUGUUGUUGUUCCUGCACCACAUGUAUCUCUAUUUUAUGAAAAAAUGGCAUUGGAUCAUAGUUACACGGUUUCCAAUUUUAAGGUUCAGCCUAAUGUCGCGGCUUUCAGACCUUCGUCACAUAAGUUUUUGUUGAAGUUUACUGCAGACACAACGGUUACGGAUGAUAACAAGAAUGAAAUACCGCCAAAGCCGCUGAUGUUUACUAAAUUUACUGAUAUAAUAACCGGUAACUUUAACAAGGAUGUGCUAAUAGACGUCAUUGGUAUGGUGGAAAGUAUUGGGUAUUCUCAGACCACAUCAGGUGCCAGGAAGCAGCAGAUUAACAUGAUGUUGCGGGACGGCGGUGACAAUACUAUCAACUGUACACUUUGGGAAUCCUAUGCUGAACAAUUCCUCAAGUUCAAACAGGAACGUGGGGAUGAUUCUGGUCCUAUGUUUGUCAUGCUCCAAUAUGCAAAAGUCAAGGAACAUGGAAAGUUUCCACUGUCCGUGUCAAACACGUUUAAUGUCACUCUGCUUGGUCUGAAUACUGAUUUGCUGCCGAUGAAAGAAUUUAUGGAAAGCAUUCCGAAGGAGUCCAUGAUUACUUUGUCUGGGCAGGAGGGUUCGAAUUCGCAGCUUUCAGCGCAAAACUCUAAAAAUCAACAGUUGACUCCUGUUCAGAAAUUGCUUUCAAAGGUCGUUGUUAUGCCUAUUGGGGAUAUCAUAAAGCUUAGGACUAUUACAUUUUGUGCGACUGUUGGAGAAACUAAAAUGCUGGUGGCCUCUCCCUAUGACUGGUAUUAUCGUGGUUGCCAUGCUUGCUCCUAUAUUGCGCGUGGUGACAAACCUCCGUUUGAGUGUGAGGCAGGCCAUUUCACUGAGGCAGAGAUUUUUAGGUAUAAGAUUGAGAUCGAAGUUACUCAUGUAGGGAAUAGCUGUAACUUUCUAUUUUGGGACAGAAAAUGUGAGCUUCUUUUGGAAUUGUCUGCUUCUCAGCUGCGUCAUACAAUGAUCAAGGUUGGCAUUCAUGAUCCAUUGGAAUUCCCACUGGCAUUGGAUCAGAUGUUGGAUCGUAAGAUGGCUUUCAAAAUCAAGUGGCAACCAUGGUGGAAGAAUGCCUCGGUAGUUAUGCUAUUCAAGAAUGACCCUUUUGUGAAAGAGCUUAGUGAUCAUCUUGACACAGAUGAAGAGGUUGUACCUAUAAACUCCAUACCGGCUGACCAACUUGAGAUCAAGGAAGGCGUUGCUGAAGCAAAGGGCAUUGCACUUUCAGAACCUGAUUUUAUUGUGGAUCUUGAUGUGACUUCGACGCACAGCCCAGAUCCAAUUACUCCUACUGGCAAAAGGCAGUUUCCAGGCGCAUCAAUAUCCAUGGACUCACACGUGGCGAGAAUAUGGAACUGGGGCGUGAUUCUGAUACCGAUGGUCAGAGUGUAA